AUGGACCCAGCACUCGCAACCAAAGAUAGACUGCCGACUGGAGCAUGGGCUGAGGUCUCGGUCAUCGACUCGGCCAGCCUUAGUAACCUGCCCCUCGAGCCUUACUUCCACUGUAACGUGCCGCAACUGCAACGAGUCACAGUGCCUGCCUUCUCGUUUGUCAUCACCAACCAACAAGGUCGUUGCGUUCUAUUUGACUUGGGCCUCCGCAAGGACUGGCCUAAGCUGGCACCGAUCGCAGUGGCCGAGGUUCACAAUGACGAGCUGGGUAUCAAUUGCGAACAAGAUGUGCGCGAUGUUCUCGAAGGUCACGAUUUCCGCAUAGACAAUAUCGAGGCGAUAAUCCUGAGCCACCAUCAAUUCGACCACAUCGGUGACCCCUCGCGCUUUCCCUCGUCGACCGCGCUGGUCGUUGGCCCGGGGGUCUGCGAGGCUCUUAUGCCCGGCUACCCAGACCAGGAGAACUCGGAGAUUUUGGCCUCUGAUUAUUCAGGGCGUACUGUCCGUGAAAUCGAUUUUACCUCCACGGACUUGUUCGUCUUAGGGCUCCCAGCUCUUGACUACUUCGGCGACGGUUCGCUGUAUCUACUCAGCACCCCUGGCCACGCAGUAGGUCACAUGGCGGCGUUGGUCCGAACCACCGCAAGCCCAGAUUCAUUCGUUCUGCUGGGAGGCGAUGCCUGCCAUCACUGCGGCGAGCUACGACCUUCGCCUGGGCGACCGUUACCAACGAAUGCGCCGUCAUGCGCCAUGCGCUUCUUAGAAGAACACUCCAACAACAGGACACAGCCCUUCUUCCGCAUCCAACGGGAUACGCGCUUCGCUGCCUACUGUCACAACUCUGAUGAGGCAGAAGAGACUAUCGUCCGCUUACAACAAUUCGACGCGCUUGACAACGUGAUGAUCAUAUUCGCGCAUGAUGCUAGCCUCAAGACCGUCGUCCCUGAAUUUCCGGCGACAUUGAAUGACUGGCUUGUCAAGGGCUGGGGCAGGAGCUGCCGAUGGCGCUUCCUUCGGGAUUUCGAACAGUAG